AUGGCCUAUCUCUCCUUUACUGUUGUAAGAUUAAACAAUUAUCACAGCGCGAGGUUUAUGACAAAACCUCAUUUGCUACUUCAAGUUAUGGGAAGUGUCGUAGAGGUGACAAAUUACCAAUUUAUCCUAUUCACAUUUGGAUAUGGACCUCUCAAUGCUGCAACAAAGGGUUCUUGCUGGAUAGGUCUCAUUAAUUACUGUGCUCCUGCGGGUGAUGCUUACUCAAAGGCGCUUGAAAUUGCAUGUGAUAUAAAUCAAAAGGGUCCUGUGGCUAUACGGAUGACUAAAAGAGUGAUUAGCCAUGGUUCAGAAAUGGAGAUCGGGUCUGGUUUGGAAUUGGAAGAAGAAUGCUACGAAGUGAUAUUGGUCACAGAUGAUAGGUACUAUGGGCAGAUGGUUGUCUUACUUUAACAUGGAGUUGCAGAGAGAAGUUGGUCAUUUCAGUAACUAGGAUGGGAGGUGAUGAUGGCAGAAAGGGAAAUAGGGGUAAAUUGAUCAUUUCAGGAUACGAAGGGUUUUCUGUAACUAGGAUGGGAGGUGAUGAUGGCAGGAAGGGAAAUAGUGGUAAAUUUGUCAUUUCAGGAUCACUGAUUGUAUUAUUGCUUUUGUAACUUAGGAUUAGACUUUUAAUUCUUAUACAAUUGAUUCAAAUUUAAUUUUUUGUAACUAUAUUUAUUACCCAUAAUAACAACAUACUUAUAUUUCGAUACCAA